GGUUGAGUUUGUUUUGUUUUGUUUUUUGUUUUUUGUUUUUUUGUUUUUGUUUUUUCUUCGGGAUUGGUUUCUGUUUGAUUCCCGGGAGAAUGGAGGGAAUGACGGAAAAGGGAAGAAUUUUCGUUUUUAGAGUGUUGUGAAGACGGUGAGUUGGGUCCCUGGAAAAUGGAGAAAAAAUGAGAAGGAGAAGAGAGUUUUUGUUUUUGAAGUGUUGUGUUUCUGUGAAAGCUAAAAGAGGAUGAGUUGAGAUGUUGCUAGUUUGUGGAAAUGAUUCUACAGUACUCUGGUUGGGUCCCGAGAAAAUGGAUGAAACCGGAAAGGAUGAUUGUGGGAGAGAAGAGAAUUUUAGGUUUUAGUAUAAGGUGGUUUCAUUUUGUUGGGAACCGAAUAGGGGACUGUUAUUGUUUUUAACUAUGCUCUGUUUGGUUGCCAAGAAAUUGGAAGAAGGUAAAAGUGCAAAAGAAAUCGUUUUUCUAAAUACUCUAUUGUCAAUGGAUCCACAAGGAAAACUUCAUUUUUCUCGGGACCAGACGAGGAAUUGUUUAUGUUCUGUAAUGAUUCUGCGCUGCACUCCUCCCUGACUUCUUCUUCUUCUUUCUUUUUUUAUUCUUUGGUUUUACACUCUGCUGGGUUCCCGAUGAAAUGGAGGAAUUGUGGAAAAGAAGAUAAAUUUUUGUUUUAGGAUAAGUUGGGCUCGUUCUGUGGUUGCCGAGAAAACGAAGGAAAGGGUUUUCUUUUUGUUUUUGAGAUGUUCUUGUUUUUGAAAAAAAUUGGAAAAUGAUGAUGCGAGCUCCUUUUUUGGGGAGCUGAACGGGGGAUUGUUGUUAGUUUGUGAAAAUGGUCAAUCGUACUCUGUUUGGUUUGUGGGAAGAUGGAGGAAAGCGAAAGUGGACAAGGAAAGUUUUCACAGAAAAGGCAAAACUUUAUUUUCAUGGGGACCCAACAGGGCAUUGUUUUUAUUCUGCACCACACUACAAUCUAAUUUUGUUUUCUUUUGGCCUUCCACUCUGCUUGGUUCCUGAGAAAAUGGAUGAGGACAGAAAGGAAAAUGGGGGGAUAGACUAGAAUUUCGGUUUUUAAGAUGUCCUUUUCUAAUAAAGGACAGACAAACGGACAAAUUGACCUCAAUUUAUUUGGUGUCAGACAGGGGAUUCUUGUUACCUUUUACCCUCUGUUUGAUCACCAAGAAAAAUGGAGGAAUGGGAAAGUAAAGAGAAUAAAGGUUAUUUUUAGUCUUUCACCUUUCCCACAAAAGAGUAAAGAAAUGUUAGCAUUAUUUUUCUUGGGGACCAAAUGAUGUUCAGGGAGUGCCCUCUGCACCACACUCCAUUUUUUUUCCUAUACUCUCUGUUUGGUUUCUGAGAAAAUGGUGGAAAGGGAAAGCAAAAAAGGCUUUGGUUCAACAAAAUGAAGGAAGAAGAAGAACAAAGUCACCACUCAAUUUCUCAGAACCAAAUGGGAUACUAAGGAUUGUGGAAAAUGAACUUUUUAAGCAGGACUGGAGAUCUAGAAAAAGGGUUCAGAUAUUUCAAUAUAUUGUGCUCAAGUGGACGCUUGCCCUCCUUAUCGGGUUAGGUACUGGGCUGGUUGGCUUCUUCAACAACCUUGCAGUUGAAAAUAUAGCCGGUUUCAAACUUUUACUCGCUAGCAAUCUCAUGCUUAAGGACAAGUAUGGUCUGGCAUUUGUAACAUUUGCGGGUUGUAACAUGGUUUUGGCAAUUGCUGCGGCUGUCCUCUGUGCUUACAUUGCCCCUUCAGCUGCGGGCUCUGGCAUCCCUGAGGUGAAAGCAUAUCUCAAUGGCAUAGAUGCUCAUUCUAUAUUGGCUCCAAGUACCCUCUUUGUAAAGAUUUUUGGUUCCAUUCUUGGAGUGUCUGCUGGAUUUGUUGUGGGUAAGGAAGGGCCCAUGGUCCAUACUGGCGCUUGCAUAGCCUCUUUGCUUGGGCAGGGAGGAUCCCGCAAAUACCAUUUGACAUGGAAAUGGCUCAGAUACUUCAAAAAUGACAGGGAUCGUCGUGAUUUGAUUACCUGUGGUGCUGCAGCUGGUGUGGCUGCUGCUUUCCGUGCUCCAGUGGGUGGGGUCCUCUUUGCACUUGAAGAAGUAACUUCAUGGUGGAGAAGUGCUCUUCUCUGGAGAACCUUUUUUACAACAGCUGUAGUAGCAGUGGUGUUGAGAGCCCUCAUAGAAUUUUGUCGGAGUGGCAAGUGUGGGUUAUUUGGGCAAGGAGGUCUGAUCAUGUUUGAUGUCAAUUCGUCUCAAGCCACUUAUGAUACCCCUGAUUUACUGACAGUCAUAUUCCUUGGAAUUGUUGGUGGCAUUUUUGGAAGCCUCUACAAUUUUCUCGUGGAUAAGGUCCUUCGUACGUAUAGCAUCUUCAAUGAGCAAGGUCCUAAAUUUCGGGUCCUGCUUGUCAUUGUCAUCUCCCUCCUGACAUCUUGCUGCGCUUAUGGUAUUCCAUGGCUGGCACAGUGCAAGCCUUGUCCAAUUGAGCUGAAGAAUGAGUGCCCCACCGUAGGCCGCUCUGGAAACUACAAGAACUUCCAAUGUCAACCAGGCCAUUACAAUGACCUUGCCUCCCUCUUUCUCAACACCAAUGAUGAUGCCAUACGCAACCUAUUCAGCAAUGGCACCCAAAAUGAAUUCCAACUCUCCACCCUUGUCAUUUUCUUUGCUGCUGUAUACUGCCUUGGCAUUAUUACUUAUGGCAUUGCUGUUCCCUCGGGGCUAUUUAUCCCUGUCAUACUUGCUGGAGCCUCCUAUGGUCGCAUUGUUGGGACAGUUGCUGGCUCUCUGACUAGUCUUGAUGUGGGUCUCUUUUCACUCCUUGGAGCUGCCUCCUUCCUGGGUGGCACCAUGAGAAUGACAGUCUCCCUCUGUAUCAUUCUCCUGGAACUUACCAAUGAUCUGCUAAUGCUCCCAUUGAUGAUGCUGGUUCUCCUUAUUUCAAAAACGGUUGCAGAUUGUUUCAACAAGGGUGUCUAUGACCAAAUAGUGAGAAUGAAGGGGUUUCCUUAUAUGGAAGCCCAUGCAGAGCCAUACAUGAGGCACCUGGUCGCAAAGGAUGUUGUUUCUGGUCCAUUAAUCACCUUUUCGAGCAUUGAAAAGGUGGGAAAUAUACUACAUGCUUUGAAGACAACAGGCCAUCAUGGGUUCCCUGUCAUUGAUGAACCGCCUUUCACAGAUGCACCAGAGCUGUGUGGGCUUGUUUUGAAGUCUCAUUUGCUGGUUUUACUCAAAGGGAAGAAGUUUUCAAAGACGAGGAUGUUGGUCGGAUCAGAAAUCUUGAAAACAUUUGAGGCGAAUGAUUUUGCUAAGGCAGGAUCAGGCAAAGGAGUCAAACUGGAGGACCUGGACAUCACAGCCGAGGAGAUGGAGAUGUAUGUUGAUCUACAUCCUAUCACCAAUACAUCCCCAUACACAGUUGUGGAAACGAUGUCUCUAGCAAAAGCUGCUGUCCUCUUUCGGGAACUAGGCCUUCGACAUUUGUGUGUGGUGCCAAAGACUCAUGCUAGGCCGCCGAUUGUGGGAAUUUUGACAAGGCACGACUUCAUGCCGGGGCACAUACGAGGGCUCUACCCUCAUUUCAACUCUAGCAAGUAAAGGAAGUGGGUGGACUACAUGUUCGAUAACCUUCAUCUAUUGCAAGUAUAUGGUUUUGAAGGUAUUGUGUUUCUAAUAAGGAGACUUAUAUGCUUUUAAGGCCAUAAGGCCAUGUAAAGUAUAUAACUUAUCAAAAGGAAAUAAAAGGUUGACAUUAAUUUUAAUUAAA